CGGCAGUCUUCUACCACAAUCACAAAAACUAUAUACAAACGACCAUCUCUACGUAUCCGUGACCAAAAAUGGACCCUUUAUCAAUCACUGCCGCCACCAUCUCUAUUCUCUCAACUGCACAGGAAACGUUCAAACACCUCAAACACCUCCAAGAAUUCCAAACUAGCGAGUUCGAGCAGUUGACCACCGUCCAACUAGAAGUCGAGAUUUACAACAAAAUUUUGGAGGAGGUAGGGCAAAUAGCUCUUUCGGGCACGUCUUCGCUUCCGGAAAGCGCUAGACUAUCACUGCGACUAUGUCAGCGACAUCUUGUCAAGGUGAUGGCCGAGAUCGACGAGUUGUAUGUAUUAAAAUCUGGGCGGAAGAGCAAGAAACCAGCGUCGGGCGCUGAAGCCAAUUUGGUCGAGACUAUGAAAGACUACAGAAGAUCUGUCAAGAUUCUCAGGGAUAUAGUCAUGGACGGCGUAACACAGGGACUCCUGACCAAUUAUGCAUACGACCAACCUUUACCGCAAACGGCCGGACCUAUCAGCAUUGACUUAGAUUUGUCCCAGGGGGGAGCGGACUCUGCAAAGCAAACGGAAUCACUCAUUAAGCAGCUCCAAGUUGUGUUCAAUAAUAGUCAUUACACUCCUGGACCCAUUACGAUAAGAAUCAAGUCUCGGGAAGGAACUCGUGAUGAGGCCGAUCACUCGGAAGACAUCUUAGAAAAGUUGAGACGAGCGGCUGAGGGCAUCUAUCAACGACCUAGAGGAGCGCAGAGCACAUCAAACCCAUUUCAAUUCUUCGCAACCAUAAUUGGUAUUCAGGGAUCAAGCGAAGAAGGACCCAAAGUUUGUGCUUCACUUGAUACCGCAAGUGCAGAUAAUUGGAUAGCAGCUUCCAUUGUAGAGCGCUUUGGACUACAGAGCCUGGUUCAACCCGCAGUAGAAGUUCCUUACACAGGUGCCGGGGGUCAUUUAUUCUAUUCGAAAGGCAUGAUCUCCGUACUAUGGACAAGGGACUCAGCCAGAUCGUGGGAGACUGAGUUUUUGGUUCAAGAAGAUGCUCCUUUCGACUUGCUGCUGGGUCGAAGGUUCAUAAUAGAGGAAGGCAUGUUGGUCCUGGCCGAUCCUGUGCUCGUACAUGAUAACGUAUCGAGACUUGCACCAUUGAGCAAAGAGGAGACCCACCAGAUGGAACAGAAUAUGAGACGAAGAGGCGCUGAAAACGAAGAGAUUGCGAGCACCAGAGAGGCGCUGGCUACUGCCGCACGACAAAGAAAACGUGAAGCAAAAAUUGCUUCGCGGAUGAGCUUGGCCGCAUCGCGUAUGAGUCUCGCACCUACGCCAGGCUCAGUGACACCUUCGUCGUCUCGCCCAACGCCGUCUAUACAAUCAUGUGUUCCAAGCGCAGGAACUGAGACAACAAACAGUAACGCUUCGGCAGCUACAAAUGGAAGUGUGGAUACAGAUGCUGGAGCAAGUGUUUGAGAGAAAUAGAAAUAUAAGGAACAGGGUGAUAAAGGAGGAAUACUGGCACUGUCUUGAAAAGGGGCAGCAUGCUUCUAGCAACACUUGCUCUGCUUACUGAAGCCUACAUUCGGAUCCUAGUAUUCUGUAUCAUGCCAGUUGAUCUCCGUCCCUAGCUAUUCCCGCUGGCUAAGACAUGCCUACCUUGUUCAUUAGACGCCAGCCAACUCAUGAUGUUGCC